AUGAGUAGCGACGAAGAUCAAAAAGUAGUCACUCGGUUCGUCCUGUUUAUGUCCCAGUUAGUUGAAACAGAAAAAGAUGCAGAUGUUUUGGGAGAGGAGAAAAUCAUUCAGAACAAUCUGGGUGACAGCAAAGAGGUGGCCAGGAUGUGGAACGAUAUGAACAGUUCAAGAUGGAUACCGAAAUGCAACCAAUUUGAUGAGAUCACAAGGGAGCUGACUGGGUACAUCGGCCAACAAUGGGUGGUCUGGUUCGCUGAAAUAUGGGAAGAAUACUUCUCGAAACCUUGGCUAGUCUUAGCCGUCAUUAUAGCGGUUAUUGUUUUUGCGGAAACCCUCGAGGCGGCUAUUGUCCAGAAUACUGUUUGCCUUACAGUAAAAGGAAAAUGUAUUCUGACUGUUCUGAUUAGAUUGAGAGGGAGAAACAUGGAGUGCAGAGGCAAAGAAUUAGGGUUGGACUUGAAAGUUGGCAUCUCGUAUAAGCAGAAAAAGCACAGGAUCGAGAUCCUUAGCAGCAACAUUUCCUCCCCAGGUAGUGGAGCCUCCUCUGCAAGUCCUAGACAAUCAGUCCUCCCUGAAAACCCCAUUCUUUAUAUGUUCAAGGAGAUCACAGAGGCCACAAUACAAUUCACUAAUGGAAGGCUUGGAAAAACCUCUGUUUAUAAGUCCAACCCGAGGGGCAAAAUAGUGGCUAUCACAACGAGGAAGCUGCAAGCCAUCGGGGAUUUUAGGUCAGGACUUGGACAUAUCUGUAAUAUAUAUCAUUUCAACCUAAUAAAGCUAUUGGGGGGCUGCUGUAAUGGGGGUCGUUUUAGCAGAAUGCCUGGGUACACAGUAUUGAACACUUGGAUCUCUAGAAUGCAGAUUGCAAUUGAUGUAGGAAAGGCCCUGGAAUACAUGCAACAUGACACAAGACUGCACUAUGUGCAUAAUUAUUUAAAGUCAAGGAGCAUUAUAAUCACACAGCCUGGUUAUAGGGCAAUGAUGUGCCAUGUAGGUGCUUGUUAUUUGACAGGUGAAUAUGAAUUUGAGGACAACAAUAACAUCUGUGAUGUAUCAAAAGACAUAUCAAUAUCUGCAGAAAUCACAGAAGAAGAAGGUCCAAACCCUUGUCAUCAGGGCAGAAAAAUGAGUAAAAGAGCCAAGAGCAUGAGAAUAACAGGAAUAAUGGGGUACAUGUCUCCAGAAUAUGUUAGCAGUGGGAUUGUUUCUCAGAAAGAUGACGUUUUUGCUUUUGGGGUUAUUCUGUUGGAGUUUCUGGCAGGGCGUGAGCCUAUAAAACAUAUGAGUAAGGCCAAGAAUGAACUUGAGAGGGUUUCUUUAGUAGAGACUGUGAAUAGGAUACUUCUUUCAGAUGAACAGGCAGAAUGUAUACGGAGGUUAAGGUCUUGGGUGGAUCCGAGGCUCAAGGAUUCUUUUCCAGUGGAAUGUGCAGAGAGAGUGGUAAGGCUUGCUGCUGCUUGUGUGGAUUCUGAACCAGAGAGGAGACCUGAUAUGAGGUAUGUUGCUGGGAAGAUCUCCGAAGAAUUUAUAAUGUCCAAACAAUGGUCUGACAAAUUACAGUAUAACAAGGAAUUUAUAACUACCACAUUUAAAGCAAGGUAAAUUCAUCCUAUUGAUUACCACAGUUUAGUUUCAUAAUGUUUUAUUUACAAGUAAGAAGAACUUUUUUUAGGAAAACAGAUGCUUG